AUAUUCGAAACUGUGGAAAAUGAACCUGUUAAUAUUGAAGAAUUGGCUUUCAAGUUUGCUGUCACCAACAUUAAUAGAAACAGAACACUGAUGCCUAAUACCACAUUAACCUAUGACAUCCAGAGAAUUAACCUUUUUGAUAGUUUUGAAGCCUCGAGAAGAGCGUGUGACCAGCUGGCUCUGGGGGUGGCGGCCCUGUUCGGGCCCUCCCACAGCUCCUCCGUCAGCGCCGUGCAGUCCAUCUGCAAUGCCCUGGAGGUCCCGCACAUCCAGACCCGGUGGAAGCACCCCACGGUGGACAACAAGGAUGCGUUUUACAUCAACCUCUACCCGGACUACACAGCCAUCAGCAGGGCAGUCUUGGACCUCGUGCUGUACUACAACUGGAAGAUAGUGACAGUGGUGUACGAAGACAGCACAGGUCUAAUUCGCCUGCAGGAGCUCAUCAAAGCCCCUUCCAGGUACAACAUUAAAAUCAAAAUCCGCCAGCUGCCCUCUGGGAACAAGGAUGCCAGGCCUUUGCUCAAGGAGAUGAAGAAGGGCAAGGAAUUCUAUGUGAUAUUUGAUUGCUCCCAUGAAACGGCCGCAGAAAUCCUCAAGCAGAUCCUCUCCAUGGGAAUGAUGACAGAAUACUACCACUACUUUUUUACAACACUGGACCUCUUUGCACUAGACCUGGAGCCCUACAGGUACAGCGGGGUGAACAUGACGGGCUUUCGGCUCCUCAACAUCGACAACCCGCACGUGUCGUCCGUCGUGGAGAAAUGGUCGAUGGAGCGGCUGCAGGCACCCCCCAAACCUGAGACUGGGCUCCUUGAUGGCAUGAUGACAACUGCUGCAGCUCUGAUGUACGACGCCGUGUACAUGGUGGCAGUGGCCUCCCAGCGUGCCUCCCAGCUGACCGUGAGCUCCCUGCAGUGCCACCGGCACAAACCCUGGCGCUUUGGACCCAGAUUUAUGAACCUGAUCAAAGAGGCACGGUGGGAUGGCCUGACUGGAAGAAUAACCUUCAACAAAAGUGAUGGCUUAAGGAAGGAUUUUGAUCUGGACAUUAUCAGCCUCAAGGAGGAAGGAACAGAAAAGAUUGGGGUUUGGAACUCAUACAGUGGCCUUAACAUGACUGACAGCAACAAGGACAGAUCCACCAACAUCACGGAUUCCUUGGCAAACCGGACCCUCAUCGUCACCACGAUUUUGGAAGAUCCCUAUGUUAUGUACAAGAAGUCGGACAAGCCCUUGUAUGGAAAUGACAGAUUUGAGGGUUAUUGCCUGGACUUACUCAAGGAGCUCUCAAAUAUUUUAGGCUUCAUCUAUGAGGUCAAACUAGUUUCUGAUGGCAAAUAUGGAGCCCAGAAUGACAAAGGAGAGUGGAAUGGGAUGGUCAAAGAGCUCAUAGAUCAUAAAGCUGAUCUGGCUGUUGCUCCUCUCACCAUUACCUAUGUAAGAGAGAAAGUAAUUGAUUUUUCCAAGCCCUUCAUGACGCUGGGAAUCAGCAUCUUGUACCGGAAGCCCAACGGCACAAACCCUGGUGUUUUCUCCUUUUUAAACCCUCUUUCUCCUGAUAUUUGGAUGUAUGUCCUCCUAGCCUGCCUCGGGGUCAGCUGUGUCCUCUUUGUCAUUGCAAGGUUUACACCAUACGAGUGGUAUAACCCCCACCCGUGCAACCCAGACUCAGAUGUGGUGGAAAACAAUUUUACUUUACUAAAUAGUUUCUGGUUUGGAGUUGGAGCUCUCAUGCAGCAAGGAUCAGAGCUGAUGCCCAAAGCUCUUUCUACCAGAAUAGUUGGAGGAAUAUGGUGGUUUUUCACCUUAAUAAUAAUCUCAUCCUAUACUGCCAACCUGGCUGCCUUUCUGACCGUGGAGAGGAUGGAAUCCCCCAUCGAUUCAGCAGAUGAUUUGGCAAAGCAAACCAAGAUAGAGUAUGGGGCUGUUAGAGAUGGAUCCACAAUGACCUUCUUCAAGAAAUCCAAAAUCUCCACGUACGAGAAGAUGUGGGCAUUCAUGAGCAGCCGGCAGCAGACGGCCCUGGUGAAGAACAACGACGAGGGGAUCCAGAGGGUGCUCACCACAGACUAUGCCCUGCUCAUGGAGUCCACCAGCAUCGAGUAUGUGACCCAGAGGAACUGCAACCUCACCCAGAUCGGGGGGCUCAUCGACUCCAAAGGCUACGGCGUGGGAACCCCCAUUGGAUCUCCUUACAGAGACAAGAUCACCAUUGCCAUCCUGCAGCUCCAGGAGGAGGGAAAGCUGCACAUGAUGAAGGAGAAGUGGUGGAGAGGCAACGGGUGCCCCGAGGAGGACAGCAAAGAAGCCAGUGCCCUCGGGGUGGAGAAUAUUGGGGGCAUCUUCAUCGUGCUGGCUGCAGGGCUGGUUCUGUCAGUGUUUGUAGCCAUUGGGGAGUUUAUAUACAAAUCCAGGAAAAACAGCGACAUUGAGCAGGCCUUUUGUUUCUUUUACGGACUGCAGUGUAAGCAAACCCACCCGUCCAACUCCACCUCUGGCACCACCUUAUCUACGGAUUUAGACUGUGGCAAGUUAAUCCGAGACGAGCGAGGGAUUCGGACACAGCCCUCAAUUCACACUGUGUAGUCAGGAGAGGAAAAAAAAGGUGUGUCCCAUGGAAAACAUGAAACCCAAACAGUUGGCACGGAAUGGCCAAGGUUGUACCCACAAGCACAGCUCCAAAGUGCCUCCUGCUUCAGCAGGAGAGCAGCGCGUGUGACGUAAAUUGGUCAAGUCCCUGAAAUCUGGGCAGUUUAAAUGCAUAUCACAGAAAAUAGUCACCCCCACAGCCACGAGGGAGUGCAGUAGACUGGAGUAGCUUUUAAAAAUUAUCACAUUGUCUUAUGUACAAUUGUCACCUUGCCAUUUCGUGGGGUAAUUCACCUCUUUCAGGUAAGAAAAAUUCUUUGCCUCCUUUUCAUCUCCUCCCCAACCUGAGUGAAACAAUAAAAGCCUCAUUACUAAAAGCAUGGAGAAACAUUUAGCUUGGUCUCUGCUGAAGCAUUCAGCAAGUGGGCCAGGCAGCUCUUUAUAAACCUCCAAAAACAACCUGCAGGGCUCCAUUAACUUUCUGAACCCCUGUAACAAGCAGCCGGAGAUUUUUAGCUGGCAUGUCUUAUUCCCAGUGUCAAUAUUUAAUGAAUUUUAAUUCAUCCAUUUAAAAUUCAUUAGUCAAAGCCUCCAAGUAACUAUCACACCACAAAAUCAUAUCUAUCAGUUAAUUUUAUGCCAUGUAACCAUUAAGAACGUGUUCAACAGGAGCACCCUCAGGCAACACCCGGAUAUACCAUUAACAGGAUAAAUCUGUUGUCUUGCUUGAGCAGUUCAUGAUGUUCAUUGUAAGGCUUUGUAACAUGGAAAACUCCUUUGUGGAAAAAAAUCAGGAUAUCAAUUUAUAUCAAGCAGUAAAGCUUUGCAUAUUGAAACA